AUGCCUCGCCCCAAAGUUCCUGAGAGCCAACGUCAGCGUGCUGCUGAGGCCUGUAGGUUCUGCCGCGAAGCCAAGAAGAAGUGCAGCGGCACUGCACCCUGCAACCAAUGUGUUCGUCGUGGUCUCGAACCAGACUGUCGCAUGACGUACCUACCCCGGGGUUCAAGAACGAAGAAACCCUCAACUACGAGGGCGAGUAAUGCUGGUGGGCGAAGAUCACGCGCAUCCUUGGAGCAUGGUUCCAUUACAGUGUCAACAAACCCUCUCGGAUUAUCGAAGACUCGGUCGCGACGUCACGAUGACAUUGAGAUUGAACAAUCUCCAAACCCAUUCCCAAUGUCUCCUUCACUCUCACAGCAAGAAUCCGAAGAAACUAAGGAUUCUCGGGCGGAAUCCUCUUUACUGGCCAAUCCAAGUAGAUUACUACGGAGUGUACAUGGUGAACAAGUAUUUGUUGGAGGCGCUGCAGCAAUCUCGUUUCUUCAAACCGUUCGCCAGGUUGUAGUUAGGCAGAUUGGCCCCUCACCUUUUUCUCACAAUGAUGGAAUGGAGACGAUGCUUGAGGCCGAGUCUCCGGAGGCAAGACGGUCGAUCUCAUCAGAGGAAGCAGUGGACUUGGGCGAUCAGCGACGAAUUGAUUACUUGAACUGUUACUAUACAAUUACAGAAGGUCUCAUUAAUAUCCUGGACUCUGAUGACCAAAAGGAACUAUUGUGCCCAACUGACAGCAUCUCUGCCGGAGUUGCAUCACCUGUUGAAGCCGAUCACUCCACUGGCAAGGUAGCUUGGCCAUCUGAACAUUCACCGCACCUCUCAGAUGCCAUCAGAGACAUGGUAAUGGCUAUAGGCGCACAGUGCAGCAGCGCGCUAGAAGCUCAAGAUCACAGCUUUACAUUUUUUCGCAAAGCACAACGACAAGCUUUUUCCGGACUGCUAGAAGACCCAGACUUGGACAUGGUCAGACUCUUCCUGCUCAUGGCCUUCUAUAUGCUGGGAAAUUGCCGCAGAAACACUGCGUACAUGUACACAUCUAUCGCUGUAAGGGCUGCUAUCGCACUUGGCCUUCACAGUCAGACAAUGUAUACAUGUGAGCCCAAGUCCCAUCAGUGUGGGCUAUCGAGAGUCUGGGUAAGUGUUAGAAUCCUAGACAAGCUUGUUAGCUCUCUCUUAGGCCGGCCAGCCGCCACGGCAGGAACGGAGGCUAGGCGGCUAGUUGGAGAUCUGGCACCCGAUUGCAACUACGGAUCAAAGUAUCUUGUUGCAACAUGUGAAAUUGUCGAAAUCAUCAACGAUAUCAAUAACACCCUAUAUCAUGGCAAAGAUAUUACGGUUCCCGUCGUGGAACAGCUUCUGGUCAACAUUGAUGGCUGGAAAAGGGAUCUCCUCAUGCCUUUAGAAUGUGCGGAACAGCCUGAAGUUUUGCGGGGAUCCGUCGAGGCCAACCGAGUGGCCGUUGCCAAGAUCCACGUAUCUUGUCUAUAUUACUUCUCUGUCACACUGGCAACACGGCCGAUAUUUAUUUCUUCCCUCAACAGUCAAGCAGGAAACAAGAUCCACCAUCCACCGCUGGCUGCGGCUUGUAUCGAAGCCGCCGUGUAUCUGGCACAGACUUGUGCUGAUGCUCUGAAGGCUGGAUUACUCGAGAGAAGCAUGUGCAUCCUGAAAGCUUUAGUAUUUUCUGCGGGACUGAUCCUCGGCGUGGAGUGCUUCGCAAAGGUCAGCACCGACCUCGAGACUGAUAAAGCAUUCCAAGGAGCCAUGAAUGUUUUGAAUUUUCUUGCUGGCCAAAGCCCACAAGCCGCGCAUUAUUUAGAGAUAUUGACGUCGUUGGCAACCGCCAUUGCAGAGCGUCGCUCGAAGUCCCACAACGUUGGGAGCAGUCGAUAUGUUUCAAGGCUUUUCAACAUUGAAAGUCUAGGCAGCGUAAGCGGUAACAACCAGGAGGGAUGUGCAGAGGUUGAGCCGUCCUGGGCUCCGAAUCGAGCAGUGAUUGAACAAGGACCCUUUGACGUUUGGCCUGGGGCUGACGGGGGCUUGUUGAACUGGAGUGAACUCCAGUUUGACGAUAGCGAUCUACAUAUUGACUGGCAAAGCUUGAGCGUAUUUUAA